CAUCCUUGCGGCGAAAGUAAAACACAAGAUGUUGAAGAAGACCACCCUCGUCGCGACCGCCAUGAUUCCCCUGGGCGGGGGAGGGGGAAAGAACGUCGUCUCCGCGGCGAACACGAAGAAGAAGGGGCGCAUGUUGACGACAACGCACUUCUGGGCCGGAAAGGAAACGACGCCGACCGGGUUCAUGGAAAGUUCUUUCGACUGCACGCAAUCGUGUGCAAACUCGUUUGAUCCCUCGCAAGCUGAACUUGCAGGAAAAUACUGCGUCGAAUGUUGCUCGCGCACUGGAGGUUUUCACAAAAAUCCGUGUACAAAAUCGUCGAAGGACUCUCAAGCGUUACAAAAUCGUCGAAAGGAGUAUGGGACUCUCAAGCGUUACACUCUCAACUGUAGUUACAUGAAUUUUUCAUGGUGCAAAAUUGGCACCAACAUCGACAUGAACAUGAUCAACCUGCUUCGCAUGACAAGUGCUCGACGCGCUAGACAGAAGUAUAUUAUAAUCUACUGCUCCAAACCUGUAAUGCAAAAGGGGCAACCUUUGCCUUCCCCCCUUCACUUUUGCUAUUCUUGCAUUACUUUACAGAUUCGUGUAACAGUUGAGAGUGUAACGUUUGAGAAGGCCAUAAGGAGGAGUGUGACACGCACUGUAUACCGCCAUGGCUUCCUAUGAGAGUGCACAACCCCCCCUCUCCCCCUCAUUUGUCAUGCAAAAUACCAAAUAAUCCAAGCCUUGCCAUUGCUCUGUGGUACUGUUCGCAUGACAGAUUCCGGAAUCCCAAACAGUACUAGAUUACGCGCAUGAACUUGUCAAGCACAGGCUCCACAGGUGCGGGUGUUUGUAGUGCUGUUGAUGCAAUAGCACAAAUGCGGGGGACUGGGAGGGGGAGUUAUGUACUCUCAUACACAGAGAUGAGGCGAAUAAAAAUAAAGUGGACGGGUGCCCCGGUUGUUGCGGAAUGUCCAACGACCCCGUGUCGGACUGCGCCGCAUUCUUCGACGAUGCGUAAACAACGCAGGCCACAAAGUACCUGGCGCAGGCACUGCGGAGUCGACAGGAGGGAAUUCAGACGCUAUCGAUAGGAGCCCUGAGUGCAAUUAAAAAACGCAAACAACUUUAAACCUAAUAUAGAGAGCAACAAGCAAAUAAAAUAACCACUUUUUCUAUAGCAUUACUACGAACUAGGACUAGCUGAUGAAUGUCCUCCGCGACAGGCACGAACGGAAAGAGCCACCCGCCCUGGCGGUUGUGCUUUUCUUGGUGCAACGCUUCCCGUACAUCACCUCUAUGCUAUUUCAACAUUU